AUGAAUUCUAUGAAUGGCAGUGGCAGUGGUACUACUAUUAAUAGUGAUUCUGGUAUGAACCUACAGUUGGCAGCAGUUGCUCUACAAAUGCAGCAGCAGCAGGAUCACCAGGCUCAAGCCCAGUUCCAGCAAGCUCAAGCUCAAGCUCAAGCCCAAGCCCAGGCUCGGGUGGUCCAGCAAGCCACCAAUGAGGAGCAGGUGCAGCAACUCCUUCAGAACAUUCGUACGGGUACCCUGGAAGGACUCAUUGAUCAAAUCCGUAAAAUCAAGCAGCAGCAGCAGCAGCAGCAGCAGCAAGAAGAGCAGGCACAAAAUGCAUUGAUCCAGCAGGCUAUCCUGCAGCUCUUGUCCAGCAAUAACGGUACCAGUACCACUGCUACAGCUGCACCUGUUCGACAGGUACGGGUACAUCAAGACCAGCCUGGAAUGAAUAUGGAAACCCUUUUGGUUGCUUUACGCGCAAGCAGGCAUGCAUCAUUCAUUCCAGGACCUGCCCCAGUCCCUGCACUGCCAAGUGUAUCGCCACCCUCUGUUACCCAGCCUCCUGUUUUUUCCACAGUGUCAGUGUCAGCCCCAGCUCCACUUCAAGGUCAAGGUCCUCGUCUUGCUCCUUCAGCGGCUCCUGCAGAGGCUCCCGUUGCAGUUCAAGGCCAAGUUCCUUCUCUGGCUCAAGAUCCAGUCCCUCAAGUGCAACCAGUUCCAGCAGAAUAUGAUGCAAGCCAAGUGGCAGCCAUAGCCAGCGCCAGCGACACCAAACAGGGCAACAAAUCCAAGGGUCGCCAUGUCGAGUUCCCACGCAAAUUCUAUGACAUGUUAAUGGACAUGGGAGAAAGAGGAGAAGGCCACAUCGCUUGUUUCGCUUCAGAUGGCAAGGCAUUCAAGGUUCAUGAUAGGGAUCGCCUUGAGGAUGUUCUGCCAAGGUACUUCAAGACUAUGCACACACAUUCCGGCUUGCAGAGACAACUCAACCUGUAUGACUUUGUACGCACCAUCAAUGGACCACAAAAGGAUCACUACAGCCAUGAGCUCUUUGUCAAGGGACACCCUGACUUGUGUCAUAAUAUGAAAAGAACCAAGAAGAAAGGAAAGGCUGCUCACUCACGACGCAGAAGGGUCCAAGAGUGA